AUGGCAAUAGAUGACGAGAUCUUCGCGCCUGAAUUCGAGAAGCUCGAAGACAUCUACUGGUAUCCCAUCUCGUCCUACCUAGGCGGUAUGAGCCUAAAGAUCAAGGCAGAGAUGCUGGACGUGCCGGUGUUCCGCCAGCCCGAACGCACGGGAGAUGGGUAUCGAACAUCAGAGGAGACACCGCUCAAAGGACCUCAGACACCUUCGCCUGGUUGGCUGGGCUCAAAUAUAAUCUGA